GACAGCCUGUGGCCAUAGUCCAGGACUUGGAGCUGGAGUGACCUGGGCCUCUUUGGCGGAGAUGAGGGUGGCGCUCCGGGCGCAUGCCCCAGACACGCCCUAUGGAAAUCGCUCCAGGGAUCCAUCACUGAACUUGGUCUUGAGCACCGCUGGCCAGGUCCGUGCGACAGGUCCCACUUCCUCGCCUGAGUGGGGUUGUUCUGGCCUCCCUCCGAGAUCUACACCUGUGCCUUGGAAUGUUCCAGAGAGUCAGUUUCCUGUGCGGGUGAAUUCUGCGCCCAGCGCCUCUCCUCUGCCUACUCCCUCCCCGCUGCCGGGACACCUCGGGUCGCACUGUCCCCGCUGCACUCUCAUCGCCCCCGCGCGCCCCGGCGCAGCCUCCCUGCCCCGCGCCGCUGCCCUAAGGCUCUCCGCGUCCUGUAGCCAGGUCCCCGCUGCGCCUGCCUAGCCCCAGGAGGGCCUUGUCCUCCGGAGUCUCCGGGCCAUGAGUCUUUGCACUGUCCCCCGCCACCCCACAGGUGCGGCUGCGGCGCUGGGGCUCGGUAGCCUCCUGGUACUGCUCGGGCCGGGACGCGCGUGCCCCGCGGGCUGUGCCUGCACCGACCCCCACACGGUGGACUGCCGCGAUCGCGGGCUGCCCAGCGUGCCCGAUCCCUUUCCCCUGGACGUGCGCAAGCUGCUAGUGGCCGGCAACCGUAUCCAGCAGAUCCCCGAGGACUUCUUCAUUUUCCACGGAGACCUGGUCUAUCUGGAUUUCAGGAACAACUCCCUGCGCUCGCUGGAGGAGGGUACAUUCAGCGGCUCGGCAAAGCUGGCUUUCCUGGACUUAAGCUAUAACAACCUCACCCAGCUGGGCGCCGGCGCUUUCCGAUCGGCGGGGAGGCUGAUCAAGUUGAGCCUGGCCAACAACCACCUGGCCGGUGUACACGAGGCCGCCUUCGAGAGUCUGGAGUCGCUGCAGGUCCUGGAACUCAACGACAACAACCUGCGCAGCCUCAACGUGGCGGCUUUGGAUGCGCUGCCAGCCCUGCGUACUGUGCGCCUGGACGGGAACCCUUGGCUGUGUGACUGUGACUUCGCCCACCUCUUUUCCUGGAUUCAGGAGAAUGCAUCCAAAUUGCCCAAAGGCCUGGAUGCCAUCCAGUGUUCACUGCCCAUGGAGGACAGGAGGGUAGGCCUGAGGGAGCUGUCCGAAGCCAGUUUUAGCGAGUGUAAGUUCAGCCUGUCCCUCACGGACCUGUUUAUCAUCAUCUUCUCCGGUGUCGCCGUGUCCAUCGCUGCCAUCAUCUCCAGCUUCUUCCUCGCCACCGUGGUGCAGUGUUUCCAGAGGUGCGCCCCUAACAAGGACACGGAGGAUGAGGACGACGACGAGGAUGACUGAUCCACCUCCUCCUGCUCUUCGCUUAUCCCACACUCAGCCACCGGCACCUCUCCAAGGGGAGACAGAGAUGCUGAAGACGGGGAGCAUCGCAUCACUCCGCGCAGUGAGCGGGGAGGAGCUCGCCUAGAUGUACCUGCUGGGACAGGAUCCCAGAGCAUAGAAUCAGCAGAGUAGAGAUGCAGGAAGGACGGAGACAGUCACUCUGGAGCACAGGCCACCUCCCAGGCUGGGGCGUUUGUGUGUGUCAAGAAAAUCAAGGCAGGCUUCACGGCUUACCGCUUUACAACCCUCCCAAGCUGACGUGAGAGCUCACAGCUUCUGACCUCAGAGGUUUUGGUGUUGUUCUUGUGACAA